UUCGCCAAGAUGCCUUCCAUGAAGCUUCGAUUUUCAAAAGGUUUGUGUGUAAUGUAUUGUCCUUUCGCAGCCUCCUUAAUCUCCGCGAGGUCCGCUUUGCCCUCGCCGGAGAUCCGCCGGAUUAUAAAUUUAAGAGGAGGAUGAUCAAACAUGCCUUUUCCCAUGACGCCCAACGACUGGUCCUCGAUGCUGGGACUUGCAGAAAUUCCGGUUACUCUUUCACCGGUUUGUCGGGCUGGACCCCGAAUCCCAAUCUGAAAAGCCUAGAAUUGAGACAUCUCCUCCUCUGCGACGGACUUGGAUCUUCAGGUUUCCAAACGCUGACGGCGUUGAAUUUGGCCUUUUGCCGUUUGGAGACUACUGAUCAUCACGAGGUGGACGAUCUCGACCUGUUCUCCAACUUUCCUUGCCUGACGAAUUUGGUCAUGAGUAACAUGCGCCAUACAGGUGCGGUGAAAUGUAUCAAGGUACAUGGACCCCAAUUGCUCAGGCUGGAGCUGGACAGCUUGGAGCGUUUCAAGAUCGAAAUAUUUUCUCCUAAACUCAAAAUCUUCCAUGUUAGUCAAUUUGUGACACCCGAAAGAGGGUUGACAAAGUUAAUCGUUCUCUCCCUAGAUCAUGCGGAGAUUUCUGUGCCCCUGGGGGUGGUGGAGCGAGGAGAGACAAGUGGUACAGCAACAUUUCGUCUUAUUGUGUGAAGUGGUUGGGACGAAGAAAUUAGGUCAGAACGA